AUGGCAUUUGAUGAAUUGCAACAGCAACAAAUAGCUAUAACCGAAUUGCUGAACCAAUUGAUAGUCCUGCAUAAGAGAGUACUAUGGGACGAUACCACGCCAUCACAAUUGGAUAAGGUUCGAAACGAUAUCAGCAUUUCUAUAAAUGACCUCUGUCUGUUAAAUGAUAGAUUUAUUUCUCAUGACGGUGAAAUUAAAGAAGAAAUUGACUCUUUAACACGAUGUAAGGCUAGAUUAGCUAAACUACAUCAGAAGGAAAAAAAAUUGUUAGCACAACGACGUGAAUGGGCACCAGAAGGGGAAGUUACUGUGGAAGAAGAUAAUAGUGAUGGUGAAGAAGUCUCUGCGGUUAAGGUUCGGGUAACAUAUCGAAAGUAUCUCAAUAGAUAUAUUGAGAUGGUAGGUGUAGGAAAUACUUCGCUCUCAAUUGAACAAGAUGACGAAUCUGUCGAACCAGCUUCAGUGUUAGCAUCGGCUAAACUACUUAGUAUCGCACGCAAAAAUUUACAGGGUGAAAUUCAUAAAUUAGAAUCCCUUUUGUUAAAUCUUAAGAAAGAUGAUAAUUUUUUAAAAGAAGAAAUGAGAUCACAGGCAGUGAAGAUGCGAACGAAAGAAUCGCAAAUUGAUAAAAAGCUGGAUGAUCUUAACCAAGAGAGAGAAAAGAUUUUCUUUAAAUGUGGACUCUCUGUCCCAAAGGAUAGUGAGACACUGGGCGAACGGCUGCUACAAUUGACUUUCAGCAGAGAUGAAGGCCACAGAUUCAAAGAACAAUUUAUGGCCAUUACUGAAGCUGCUCCUAAAAUUAUAGAUUUAAAAAUUUCAUCCCUACAAGAGGAGCUAAACCAUAAGAAGGAAAGUUCCUCUAGCCUCUUGUCCGAAAGGAAUUGUUGGAAUGACUGUGUCCACUUGGUGACAGCUUUAGAACAUGACUUGUCUGAGUCCUUUGGUAAUAAUGCUAAGGCAGGUAUACCUUUUCUGCGAGUUUUGGAUGGAAUGAAGAAAACACUAGUCGGCCUUGACGCCUUGCUGGCAAACUCUAUGAAUGAUAAAAUUAGAUUACUUAUCUCGGACGAAAAAGAUGCAAUAUUAGAAGCAUAUAAUGAACUGAAUGCACAAAAUGUUGUCACGAAUGCCCCUGCUAGAGAAGAGCCUCCAUUAGCUGAGAAGAAUAAGCAGAAGCGUCAUCACCCUUUUCUUUCAGUGGGAAAAUCAACGCCGAGAAUCGGUUUGACUCCUGAGGUAAUAGAUUCUCGUAAUCACACAAAUCCAAGUAAUCAUAAAGAAGAUUGA